AUGGAUCAUUUAUUCUUUAAUAUAAUUCAUAAUAGUUAUUUAUGGAAAGUAAUAAAGAAUCAAACAAGAGAGAUACAUGUUUAUUUAUCAAGACCAAAGAUAUAUCAACCAAGAAACUAUUACGAUGGUACGACUGAAUGGUAUCUUGCCAAUGGUUAUUAUAAAAUGGUAGAGGAAAAGAUAAAGAAUGGAGAUUUACCACCACUAUCGACAAUGAAAGAGAUACAGUCACUGUUUGAGUAUAUGCCAAAUUAUGAUUUCUUUAUGAAGUUGUAUAUACCUUCAAAACAAGUCAUCGAUUCGUUUGUCUAUAAAGCACCGUUUUACAUUGAACGAUUGUGUGCUGGCCGUCGAUGUCAAGAUGAACAAGAUAUCAUUGCAAUUAUAAAACAUAUAACAAAGGAAAGAAGGCUAUUGUGCUAUAACCGCUUUACAAAAGAUGGUGGUGGAUUGGUUCUUGAUGUAAAUGAACCAGAACCUUGGAUGGUAAGCUCUAGUUGUUUGGGUGUCUCGAUCUAUGGAAACCGGGUACAAUUGGUCAAACUAUUAUUAGAAGAGAUAGGAUUUUGUAAAGUGGAUUCAUAUCAAGACUUGUGGAGAUGGAUAAACAAUGACAAUUUGGAAAUGUUUCAACUGUUAAUGUCAAGAUACCCAAUCAAAGGUGAUGAAUUGUAUCAAAUCUCCAUUAGAUUUAUAGAAAAGAAGUUUUUUAAACUAUUCUCUCAACUCAUUCAACCACUGUACAAUGUUAAAGUGGAUAGAAUGACACUAAAAUCAGUUUCAAGUGUUGGUAAUCUUUUAUUGCUAAAAGAAUUGGAAAGAAAUUUCAAAUUUAGAUGUGAUGGUCCUUGCAUCUCAUCGGCUGCCAGCAAUGGUCAUUUAAAUAUAGUUAAAUACCUUUUACACUCUAAUAACUGUAGAACUAUUUAUUCUGCUGAUAUUCAAUGCUCGAUGGAACUUGCAAGUGCCAAUAACCACAUGGAAAUUGUAAAAUAUAUUUAUAGUUUAUUUCCAACUAGAUCUUUUGGUCCAAACCCAAUAGACUUUGCUAUAGCUAAUAAUCAUUAUGAUAUGGUCCAUUAUUUCUUAUUUGAAAAAUCAAUUGAUACAUUUUCAAAUUUUUCUCUUGAUACAGGAGGAAUAAAUAAUAUUAAAAUGUUAAAAUUAUUAUAUAAAAAAGAAAGUUCAUUUACCAAAUUACCAAGUUUAAAAGGAAUUACGGAAAUGAUAUCAAAUGGUAGAUUGGAGGAAUUAAAGUUUAUUCAUGGACUGGACAACAAAGUGAUAAAAGAAGUAUUCCGUCAUUCAGGACGUAAUGUAAAUUGGAUGAAUGGUAUUUCAUUUGAAAUGGCAAAAUUUUAUUUUCAAGACUUACAACUUGACCACGAAUCUAUUGUCGAUCACAAUGAUCUAUUAAACUGUGUUGCAAAAGGUUCAUUUGAAUUGAUUGAAUUUUUGGUAUCACUUUCAAGUCCUCCAAAAGAAUCAUUAUACCUAGAUAUAUUUUGUGUUGCUGCUUCAAAAGGACUAAUAGAUAUUUUAAUCAAACUACCAUCACUAUUUAAUGAUGAACCAUUUCCAAAAUCAUUAAAUUCCAGUAGUUUACUUGCUCGUGAACCACCACUCUACAUCAACAUUAUAGAUAAUGGUAGUUUAAAUAUUUGUAAAUACCUAUUUGACACUUUAAAUAUUCCAAUUGAUAAAUUAGAAUGUAUUAAACAAUCAAAAGAAUUAAAUCAAUAUCAUUUAAUUAAAUAUUUUGAAAAUAAAUAA